AUGACGAACCACGUCCCACCCACCUCUGAGCCCGUCCACACCACUGGACCGCUGGCCUUCCUCCAUCCUACUAUCCGGUAUCAUCCCCUCGUCCCUCGAUCUCAGCAGCCACAGGAGCAGGAGCAGGCCUCUCAACGAGGACAGCAACCUCAAGACUACGCCGACGUUACGGCCGCCCCUUCUACUACGGCUGCUGCUGCCGAGCCAGAUUCCCAAAUCCAGCCUCAGACUCAAACUCAGGGACAGCACCAACACCAACACGCAAUCUACCACGUCUGGCGCAGCCGUGACAACCGAAAAGGCCGCCACCGUGCUGUCGUUUUCCUACCGCCACCGUCUAGCAAAAGUCCGGGAGCUUCCAAAGAGGGUACCGGCACGGGGAGUGGUAUCACCGACGGGAAAACGACAGGCGUGGAAGUGAAGCAUGAGGAUGGAGGGGUGGAUGUGUCUGUGAAGAAGGCGCAGCAGAUGGGGUAUGAGAGGAAGUGGCAACUGUGGGUGCGGCAGACGGGGGAGGGGCUGAUGACGAUGGUGACGAUGUUUCCGGUGUGGGAU